AUGGGAGCUAGCAUUUUUGAUGGAGUGGUCUCUGCGAAAGAGCGAACGCAAAUGUGGGAUAGGACUUCGGUUGACAAGCGCCAGCUCUUGAGAUUGCAGAGCAAUGGUAGGAUGGAGCUGGGUGAUGUCCGGGUGAUCAAUGGGACACAAAUCAAGGGCAUCUUGAAACAGAUUGAUAGGGAUGUCGAGGUCGAGGUGUCUUCCAUUGAGCAGUGCUUCGGGGCGGUGGUUAUGGUCCAUCGGGCAGAGAUCCCGAGGCGCGUUCAAGGAUUGGUCGAGAUCCCUACUGCUCUGCGUCCUGCAGUAUCACGCGAGAAGACGAUGAUCGGUAUUCUGACAGAGCCACAUACCUCUCUGGACGAAGUCCUUGCGAGCACGUACGACAAAUCCAUCGGGAAGAAGUCCUGCAAACGAAUCAGAUUAGAUGGUGACGAUUCAAAUGUGAACGAAAUAAGAGAAACAGACAUACAUACAAGGGAUCGUGAGGUCGAUUCACGAUGUUGUACUGGGGGUUUUUCGUGUGAGGAGAGAACCGAAGAGGCGAACGAAAAUGGCUGUUGUCGCGGAUCUAUUGAAGGGGGAGGUCUCCUGUACCAUAGGUUAUGGCAGGGGUAUUGGCCGGUUUCUGCGGUGCCCGGACAGCAGGACAACGAGUUGCGUCAGACUACAGUGGCGGUGAACAACGAGUGA